AUGAAGCUCCUGCUCGCAACGACCGCGGUGGUGGCAGCUUUGGCCUGUAGUCUGUCAGUCGUGGAGGCGCUGGACCGUGACAAGAUGCUGGACGUGGUAGGAACGGUGCACGGCAACCGCCACAUUGUUGUCCAGUACGAUGACCUGGCAGAGGAUCGCGAGGAGCGCAAGUGCUACGGUCACUUUACACGCGAUAUCGACCCGGUGUGCGGCUCAAAUGGCAAGAAGUACACGAACCUCAGCAUGUUUAACUACCGCAAGUGCAUGAUGAAGAUCCAGGAGGACACCGAGAUCCAGCUCGUCGAUAUGGACUUCUGCAAGGACGCCGAAAUGGAAGACAUGGAACACAUUGACGAAGAUUCGUAG